CAUGGGCGUCCGCUCCUCCAAGGUCAAGCCGAAGGAAACGGCGAAAGUGCCGGGCGAGAGCGGCCGUGCCAGCCGGAGCGACCGCGAGCUGGAACUCCACAAUGAAGUGGCUCGCGCGGCGGGCCUGGCAGUGGGCGGGGGGAAUCUCUCGGCAUCCGUGGCCUGGCAGGCCAAGCCCGCCUCCAGCGGCAACCUGCACUACGAGCUAGCCGCGCCGCCACCCCUGGACCCGGCGCCGCCCGAAGGCCCCUUGGACCCCCGCCCCCUUCAUCUCUCUCUCGGCGCUACUCCGCCGCCGUCGCCGCCGCCGUCGCCGCCGCCGACGGAGACGGGCAAGCUGUGGCACACCUCCCGCGAGCUGGACAAGGCGGCGGCGCACGCAGAGGAGGCGGAGGCGAAGAUGGCGGCGCUCCGAGUCGGCGACGACGCCGUGACCGCCGAGCGCCCCGCCAAGUCGUUCGGCUCGUGCGGCGAGUCGUCGCCGGCCGAGCUGACGGUCUCCGCGCAAGAGUUCACGGCCGCCGAGCUGCGGGCGGCGGGCUACUCAAAGGAGAAGCUGGACGGGGCGGGCGUGCUGAGCGGGCAGGGGGCGAAGCCCGCUGCCUCGAGCCCCUCUGUCGAGGCGGAGCUCCAGGCGUAGGCUGAUCUCAUCUAAUAUCUCAUCGCAAACACCCCCCUCUCUCCCUCUCCCCCAUCUCUGUCUCUGUCUGUCUCUCUGUCGGGCUGUAUCUCCCCCCCGCCCCCCUUCCCCCUCCCACCCCUCUCUACACACCGCAGCGGCUGAGAACUCUCAGGCGGAGGCCGAGGCGAUGCGCGCCCAGGCGAGGGCGGCCAAGGCGGGAGGCGGCAAGAGUGCGGGCGGCGACGCUCCCAAGGCGAGCAACAACACGAGGACGUGCGCUGGGUGCGGCGAGCUACUCUUCGGCGCGGCCGGCGGCGAGGCCGUCGAGGCGGCGCACUCUCCAAACUAUUAGCCUAUUAAAUCAUCGACGCCUACCUAAUAAUUGUUAUUAGCCUCCGGCUGAUUCGCGUUUUAGCUCGGGCUUGGCUAAUAAUCGUAGCUAAUAAGCCUCCACCGCGAGCGGGAUCGACGGGCAAGUAGCAGCAGGCACCAGUCAUUGCCUCCAAGACCUGCCCCCUCUCCACCCACGCCCCACGCGACUAGGCGGCGGGCAAGAUGUGGCACAGCGACUGUUUCGUGUGCGCCGCUUGCGGCAAGCCCAUCGACGGCGAUUUUGCGAUGCUUCACGGCAAGCCGCUGCACACCGCUUGCCACCUCAAGGACUACGGCGUCCUCUGCGCCGGGUGCGGCCGGCUGAUCGACGGCCGCGCCGACCCGGGCUUCGUCGUCGCCGGUGACAAGAGCUACCACUCCGCGUGCUUCAAGUGCGCAGAGUGCGGCGUCUCCCUCGCCGCGGGCGCGCCGUACCACCUCGUCGCCGGCGCCGCCUACUGCAAGCUGCACGACCGCCGCCGCAAGAUCACCCGCGAUAAGCUCAAGGUGCACCGACAGCCGACGGGCGCGGGGGAAAGGAGUACUUUGAGGACGCGGCGCCGCCGGCCUUGGGCGGCGCGUCCACCUGGCGUCAGGACGCGCCGUGAGUAUCUCGCGCGAUCUCGGAGGGCGAGUCGGAGAGAAGGGGAGGGUCGACGGAGGCAGGGCCGCGGCCUGCUCGAGCGCGCGGGUGCGCUGCCGCCGCUGACGGGCGUGUCCACUGCGGGCGCAGAGAGUCCAGGUUGUGAAGGGGCAGAGGGUCCCGCUGUCCCGCGCGGCCACUGUCGUGCCUUGCGGCGUAUCGACGCUAGAGGGUGCGCAGCGAUUGAAGAAUCGCGUCAGUGAGACAGUGAGACCAACGACCGGGACACCGGCACGAUAUAUGUGUGUAUGUUGUCACACACUUUGUUGUGCUCUCCUGCGACAUGCCUAGUGCCAUAGGACCAGCCUUUUUGUAGAGUAUUCCUUUCACCCCUCCCCCUCGGGGCCCGACGGUACAAACUGUAUUUCCUUUCCC